AUGUCGAGAAAAAGUUGCUUGGGGAUGGAAUCGCCGCUGCCCCACCAUGUGGUAGAGCUCAUCAUGGAGAAACUUCCGGCGAAAUCUCUGCUGAGGUUCAAGGCUGUAUCGAAACAAUGGAGAUCAACGAUCGAAUCACCAUCCUUCCCAGAGAAAAAGUUGAAGCAUCGUCAGCAAUCAGGAGAUCCAGAUGUUCUCAUGGCAUGCGUACGUCCUAACGAUCUCAAGGACCGGGACAUGCAAUCACUAAGAAUACGUGUGUUGGGUUCAUCAUCAUUGGUCAAGAUCCCUUGUAAAGGGAAUAACAUGCUAUAUUUAGCUUGUAUAAGUAGUUUCGACGGUCUAGUUUGUCUCCACGAUACCCUCAAACCCGCUUUUGUGGUCAAUCCCACCACUAGAUGCCAUCGAACUCUUCCUCUCUCCAAACUACAACAGCUCAGGAUCGACUUAGAUUACAACCUCUCAUACGGAAUGUAUAAGAUUGGCUUCGGUAAAGACAAAUUCACGGGCACAUGCAAGCCCGUUUGGCUAUACAACUCUUCAGAGCUAGGCCUUGAAAACGACACUACAUGCGAGGUUUUUGACUUUACCACCAGCUCGUGGAGGUAUGUCACUCCUGCUGCUCCUUACCGGGUUAUUGGUAACCUUGAUUCUGUGUAUGUAGAUGGGUCGCUUCAUUGGUUCACAGAGUGCAAAGAAACCAAAGUUGUCUCUUUCGAUCUUCACACUGAAUCUUUUCAAGUCGUCUCUAAAGCUCCCUUUGCCAUUGUACGUCGUUUCGACGUCUUGAUGUGCGCAACCUGGACAACCGCUUGUGCGUAUCCGAGAUGA